AAUUUGACAUUGCGGGAAGAGCUGCUGAAAACCUUAUAACUAAAUAAUCGUUUUAAUUUCUAAUGUCUGCAUGAGAUGGACCGAUACGUGUUGGUGAUAUCCUUUUCCCAAACUUCUGAGAACCAGGUGUACGAUGAUAAAGGUUUGGAGUUGGUAAAAAGUAUAUAUAAUAGACUUGUGGAAAUCUCAGCUCAGGACUCUCAGAGAAGAAUAUCAGCAUUUCCAGCUUGUUCUCUCAGUGGUAGCCCAUUUCCUCAGAGGUGGUACUUUGCUGUUCAGGCGUGUAAAACAGCGGCACAGUUCUGCAGCACUGAUUGGGAAGAGUUGGGGACAAACCAGCUGACGACUGACAGUGAAGAGGAGAACGUGACUCCUGUGGAAGCAUGUCUGACUUCACUGAGUAAUCAGGAGGCAGCAGACCAAAAGGAAGAUCAGCCUACAAUGACAGAGUUUUUAGAAGAAGCUGCAGAAGGACUUCAUAUGCUAUCAGACAAGUUGCCACCUCCAGGUAAAGUCUUGCUGGACGUUCUGUUGUUGGCGUCUGCUGAGCAGUCUCCCCCUAUUAAAGACAUGCUGCCUCUCCUGGGAGCCCUUAAACACAUGUCCUGCUGGCAUGCUGCGAAGAUCAGUGUGGUCACUCAGCACACAACUGGGUGGCAGAAAGCUGCAUCCUCGCUUAAUGCUGGUUUGGUCAAUCCUACUGAGUUGUUUAGCUGUAUCGACCCCAGAGAAAUGUGGAGGGGAGGCCUGGUUAUCAGAGAGAAAAAGCAUGUAUCAGAACUGCGCUUUGAUGGGUUUUCACUGCGCUUUCCUGUGCAUCAGAUAUCGGAGUCUAAUUUCUUGCAAGGUCCAUACACCAAUACAGACCACACAUUACACUCUGAGGUAUAUCAUUACUACUCAUCAGUUUUAGACUUGGUUCAGGUGGUGAAUCUGUCAGACCUCCCCAGCUUUCUGAUGUCCAGCACCCAGUUUGAACUUGGCCUAUCUGGGGAGUCGAUGAGGUCUAAACUUCUCUUGGACCAGUUGAAGUCACUGCGUGGAAAGGUUGGAGCUUUGUUCAGCCUUUCCUGCAUAGUCACUCCCGUUGCCCAGCCUUCUGCCGGCCAACUCAGUUCACAGCGCUGGAAGGAAUCCCUAUCCAGAAAUCCAAAGUGUUUACUUGUGCCUGAUGUUGAGGUGAAAGGUGAGAGUGCUGUCUACCUCCUGUUGGUCCAGGGCUCAGACGAUGAUGAGUCUGGAGCCUGCAGGGUCCAGAUGAUUCACUCAACGAGUCAGAUUAAUGGAGCAGCUGCUAUGGCAACCAUCUCUAGCUUGCUAAGAGCAAAACCUCUGUCAUCAGGAGUUGAAUGCAAAAUCCUCCGUCCUCUGCCAUGUAUCCAAGGAGACCACCUGCUGCAAAGAGAAAGAAAGGUGGCCCAGGUUCAGACACUGGUACUCAAAGAAUAUCUUAGACUGAAAGAGGAAGCUUCAGCCUCAAAUUCAACACUCACCAAUGAGCUGAAGGCCGUUCUGAAUCAGGCCAGGGAGCAGUAUCUGAAGAUGGUCAACUCCACUCUGCCCACUGCUGCCACCUGUCUGACAAAGGAGCAGGCUCCAAAACACACAGGUUUUCAGACCUUUACCCACCAAACAUCUGAAUGGCCUGAAAGAAGUGUCCUCCACAACAUAGAAAAUGUGCAGAGGAGACGACAGAAGAGAAGAAUUGGUAUGUCAGGUCCAGGCUCUAGUGACAGCCUGCUGGGUCCCAAAGACAGCCAGAGGGGCUCCUCUGCUUUACUUGAUGCUAAAGAACUUCUGAAACACUUCACAUCUGAUGGCUUGCCCUGCGGGGAUUUGCAACCUCUGGCUGUCAACAGAGGUAAUAAUGUCUUUCAGUUGUCACCAAAUCUGUCUCCUGGAAGAGUCAGCCGGAUGCCCUUCAGCAAGGCUUCAGCCUCUCAUUAUCAUGGCAUAGAGUUCUGUCUGGAUGACCAACGGUCACUAGAGCGGGACCAGGCUUUUGUACGGCUUCAGUCCCGUCUGAUUCGCUAUGAAACCCAGACCACUUGUUCCAAGGAGCCCUCUGCCCUCCCGUUUGCCCUCAGCCCUGCCCCUUCACCUGCUCUGGUGUCAGAACCAGGAAGUGUUCCUGAUGGAGAGACUCUGCAGAACAAUGACGUUGCACGGCUCAAACGUAGAUCCAGGGAAACGGACAUAGUUGGAGGUUUUCCUCGCAAGAGGUUGGUAAAGUCGGAGAGCAACGACUCCCUUUGUUCACAGAGCAGCGGCAGCAGCGGCACACAUCCCACUAUUAGGUCUUUACGGCAACAACCGAGCAGAUCCCAGUCCACCUCGUCCUCCACAGGCUCCUCGUCAGCCACAAGACAGGCAUCAGGUUUGGUGGCUCUCUGUUCUGACAAACCUAAAUCACAGCAGCAGAAGACACAGGAAGGAAACGCUGAGGACAAGCCUCCCAAAGAGUCACGAUCACAGAAACACAACAGGAUGCUGCAGGAGGUUGUAACUAAAACACUCAAACACCAUGGGAUCACUGUUGAGCAUGAGUGCUUUGAGGCCUGCAGCAAAAGGCUGUUUGAUAUCUCCAAAUUCUACCUUAAGGAUUUGCAGACGUCCCGGGGUUUGCAUGACGAGAUGAAGAAGGCUGCCAACAUCAACGUGAAGCAGGUCAUUGACUGGGUGCUGGAGAAGACCUCAAAGAAAGGAAGAUGAUAAUGAGCGGGUCUGCGUAGGUCUUUUGAUAUAAUUGAAGAGGUUUUGCCUCAAAGAGCAUCUCCAGUUAUAUUUUAACACAUUCAUGAGAGUGUUUGAUGUUUUAAGCCUUUCUGAUUGGUUUUAAAUGGUUAGAUUAAGCCCAUUUUAAUUAACUAAAUCCUUUUUUUUUUCUUUUUUAAUUUGUUUUCUUCUCUGGGAGAUCAUAUGGCAACCUAUGCUUGUUAAGCUGCGGUUUUGUGCUCAUCCAACCUUACAUAUAUCCAUUGUUGUAGAGAUUUGAAACACACAACUCGACAUAGUACAAGCUGCUCCAGCUGCAGGUGCUGGAGGUCACAGAGGAUUAGAUUUUGUCAUCAAGCUGCAGUCUUCUUUCUCUUUUUAGCAGUUUCAUACAUGAUUUAAAAUUUGGCUCUGUGUUUUUGUUUCUAAAUUCAUCCAUGUUUAAUUGCUUCAUGUUUGUACAUAUUUUAUCUUUGUGUUUUGUAGUUGUUUCCCCGUAAGAUAAUAAAUGUAUUGGAUCGUAUUUGUUGAACAGCUCAGUGUGUGCAAGGGCAGUGCGUCUGCAUGAAAAAGAUAUGAAUUCACGUGUGCAAGAAAUAUGCAUUAUAUUAUCACAGCUGACAGCUGACAACCCAGAACAACAAAUUCAUGCCAAAUGCAAAGAACAUUGAUACGCUGUCACUCAUACAUGUCUUUGUGAAGAUGGUUGUUCCAAGGUUGGUAUUUGAUACCAAAAAAAUGAAUAACCGAAAUAGAAAUAACUGAAGAACAUUUGGUAAAAGGCAAAUUUCAAAAUAAACUAACAGUAAAGUUGCAGCACAAAGGAACUUUUGCAACUUGGAGUUCAGUAAGUCCCCCUGUAGAUGCAGAGGUUGUCAUUUUUACAAAACUAUCCAAGGGUUUUUCUCUGGUUUGGUCACGGUAUCGAUUGCUCUCCUGUCAUCACUUUUUUGAGUCAUCAUAUUUUUUAGCUUCUGCUAUGAUGUUCAUAGUGCAGUAAGCGAUACACAGUUGUUGCGAGAGAAGACCAUGGCCGAGGCGUAGUAGUGAAGUAGUGUAGGAGAGAAGAGUGAGAUAACACUUCCUUCACAUGAAACUGAACAUUAUUUUAAUAUGAA